CAGUUGUGUUUUCCUCAAAAUAGAGCCUUAAGGCGCAAAUGCUCGUUAAAAACGACACUGCGGGGUGUUUUUUAAGGCGCGGGAGUUGUAAAAUUAUUCAGUGAAGAUCACAUAACGUUAGCCUGUUGUUAGCCGUUUGGUGUCGUGUCUUUCCCAAGGCUAAUGCUAAGCUAAUGCUAAUGUAGCUCGUCACUAGAGGCAGCACAAAUUUGGGCAUGAUUUGAUCAGCAAGCUAGUCAUUAGUAGUGCAGCAUACAUGUGCAAUGACUUCCUGACUGGAGGGUGAGGAGUGAGGAUGGGGAAGAGCUGCAAAGUGGUGGUGUGUGGCCUGGCGGCUGUGGGCAAAACUGCUGUCCUGGAGCAACUACUGUAUGCCAAUCAUGUUGCAGGAUCUGAGCCCAUGGAGACCUUAGAGGAUAUUUACAUCGGCUCCAUAGAAACCGACCGUGGCACACGAGAGCAGGUGCGCUUCUACGACACUCGGGGACUUCGUGACGGGAUGGAAUUCCCCCGACAUUACUACUCUUUUGCCGAUGGCUUUGUACUUGUUUACAGCAUCGACAGUAAAGAAUCCUUCAAGCGAAUGGAGGCACUCAAGAAGGACAUUGACCGUCACAGAGAUAAGAAAGAGGUCACCAUCGUGGUGCUGGGGAACAAGCUGGACAAGCAGGACGAGAGGAGAGUGGAGUCUAACGUGGCGCAGAACUGGGCUAAGACUGAGAAGGUGCGCCUGUGGGAGGUGUCGGUGGUGGAUCGACGCACCCUAAUCGAGCCCUUCGUCUACCUAGCCAGCAAAAUGACCCAGCCGCAGAGCAAGUCCACUUUCCCCCUCAGCCGUAACAAGAACAAGGGGAGCGGCUCUGUGGACAGCUGAACGACGAGACAAGUUUGUCAGGAUCAGGAGGGAAGCAAAAAGGGAGAACAGGGGUGUUGAAGGGAACUUGAUUUUGAAGAAAAGUCAAGGUGUUCGGAUAUUGUAGAGGGUGAGUGAGUUAGGAGAAGGAGGAGAAGCUACAGUGAGAUAAAGCAAUGCAGGAUCUUUGUAUGGCCAUUCAUAUACAGUGAGUACCAUAAAUAUUUCAAUAGCAUCAUGUUCUGUUUUACUCUUUAAAAAUGACUGAGCAAAAAGUGCAGAUCUCUGUGUAGCAAUGAUAAUAAUAAAAAAGGUAGCCAUAUCUAAUGUGAUAUAUAAGAACUACAGGGUGUUUUUCUGCACAUCACCUUCUGAUUUGCAGUGGACAGAAUUAUAUAGUAUUCAUCCAAAUUAUUUUGCAAAACAUUUUACCUUUUCUCCAGCAAAGUUGGAGAUUUAGCCGGGAGGUUGCCCUACAUACAGUACCCUUGCUUACAGCACAUAAUAUAUAGGACGUAACUGCACCAGUUCAGCUACAGAUAAGCACUGCUGUAGCUUCAGGAAUAAUUGCUUGAAAGUGAGUGUUUUAGCGUCUUCACUGGUGACGUUAGCAGGAGGAAUCGGCUCGAAGAAAGGGCCAAUCCACCUCACUCUGUCAGUCCUCUUGAAGACAGCAUACUCCCUCCACUCUAAGUGGCCGGCCCUGUGGAUUGAAUUGCAGUUUUCUCAUUUAUGGUCUGCUGCUCUGACCACAAGGCUGCCACCACCUUUUUGGCACUAAAAUCAGGAUGACUGUAUAUAUAAUAAAGGGGGGCGCUCAAAUCUCAAACGGCUGAUAUUUUGCAAUCGGUAUUAUAAUCUCUAACUCCAACAAGUGCUCUUGGUGCUCACUGCAUAUAAAAUAUUUCCACGCAUUUGUAACUGCAUGUAUACACAGACUGAAUCAGGAAUGGAGGCACUAAAUAUGAACCGAUUGUGGUUGGAGAGCCUUUGGGAUGAUGUACAUAUGCAGUUUAUUGAUGUGAAGAUUUACUACUGAUAUUUUCUCUGCUGGGAUUCAGUGAAUGUUUUCGAAUGAAUGAUUGACAUUCCUUAAACUUCAAGAAAACCCAUUCCUUUUUUUUUGUUGUUGUUGUAUUUCAACGUAUUUGCCAGAAACACAUACUGCCUUCUGUACAGGCUGUAGGAUUUUUAAUAGAAAGACAUAAAGAUUGGUUUUCUAAUGAAAGACUAUCAUAACAUCAUUUCUUCAAGUGAGAAGGAUUUCUUGAGGCUCAGGUGCUACUCUUCUUAUUUUUCAGCUAUGACUUAAGGCUGUAGAGCACAGCAUGUUAUUUCAAGUGACUCAUUAUAUUAGCAAUGACAGUGCAGCUGUGAAGCAAAAAAGAUUUGCACCAGUCCAUAUUAGAUGAUCACUGAAACACUCAGCUUUAUUAAGGUGUGAUGUCAGUUCAGAUUUGUGCGGUGUUUCGUGUUUGUUUUUGUCUAAAAAGGGUAAAAUGCAUACAUUGGCAUUGUUUUGUGAGGUCCGUGCCAGUGUCAUAUCAAACACUAUGUUCAGUUUUUUGCUCUCUUGUUGCAGUUACAUAUUAAUAUCAAUUGAAAUAUGUGCACUUGAUGUUUGUUUGCAUGUUUUGUAAACAAAUUAAAAGAUUUUUUUCUGUGCCUA